ACGGUGGUUUGCAACAGGUGUUACUUAUGAUAAGUUAAACAGUUACAAAAUGAACGAGUUUAAAUUUUGGAUAACGCUAUGUAUGGCAUUUUGCAUUGCGCUGCUAGUGAACGGAGCAGAUAAUCAGUGUCCGAAGCCAUGUCCACACAUCAUGGAUCCCGUUUGCGCUUCCAACGGUGAACAAUUCCGAACGUUCUCAAAUCGCUGUUUACUACAGGCUCACAAUGAUUGUGAGCAAGAAGAUGGCCAAACUCCCUUCCAGGAAACCGAUUCGGACGACUGUCCUGACGAGCAUUGGGCAUAAGUCACUUUGAAAACUAUCAACAUAUAUACAAGAGCUACAAUAAAACAUAGUUUGGAUACAAGUUAUGGUAGAACCGUAGCUACUCCGUUUUAAAUGGGGGGGGGGGCAAAGUCAAAGAAAUUUUACUGGCGAUUUUUUUUAUGAAAGAAAUAAUUUUAAAGUAAUAGGUACAUUUUGCUUAAAUAUUUAAAAGUUAAUCUAAAAAGCUUGACUGCGCUAGUGAUAAUACAAACGCAUCGGCAGGACACUAUCCCCCUUACCCAUUAGGUAGCUACGUGCCUGAGUUGUACAACUUGCAUGCAGUGAAAUCAUCGCUUCGUAAAUACGUAAACAUCACCUACACUAUCCAAUUUACACUGCCAAAACAAUUGAAACAUAGAGGUAAAAUAUAUUGUUCAAGAAAAUUAAAAAAAAACUUUCAAAAAUUUUGUAUUGUUUACGUAACACAGUUUUUAUUAAACAUGUCAUUGAGCUAGUUUUUUUUAUUUUCAAUGAACAAUAUUGUGCAACAGUGUGGAAAAUAGGAACUUCACCGUCAAAUUUACUGCUGUAUUAUUGUUAAUGUUAACUGUUUUAUAAAACUACUUGAU